AGUACAGAAGAAAAUUUCUUAAGCGUUUUCUUCUUCACCCAAUUUUGGCUUCUUUGACUAGAUGAAAGCAACAACAAUGAUAAAACUGCGUAUAAAAUCCCUUGUUCUCAAAGCAUAUACCAUAAAAAAAAAAUAAAAUAAAAAAUAAAAAGGGGGUUCCAAAAUCCUUAUCUUCUUGUCUUAUCCAACAUCACUUUAUUACCUGUGGCGAGUGACCGCCCCCACCAGACAAUUUUUAAGUUCCUUCCUUUCAUUUUCCUCUGUCUCUAACAAAGUCUCCUUUUUUUUCCGGUCACCGGAAUGGGUUUCCGGCGAACUUCCCUAGCCUCUAUCAUCUUCCUCUACCUCAUGAUUUCGUCUCAUUCCCUCCACGCGCUCUCUCGCCGGAAGCACAAAAUCCAAGGACCGAUCAAAACCGUCGUCGUUCUGGUAAUGGAAAACCGCUCCUUUGACCACGUCCUCGGUUGGCUCAAAUCGACCCGCCCCGAGAUCGACGGCCUCACCGGUAAAGAAUGGAACCGGAUCAACGUCUCCGACCCGAAAUCCCCCAAUGUCUUCGUCUCCGACGACGCUAUAUUCGUCGAUAGCGACCCGGGCCACUCGUUCCAGGCGAUCCGGGAGCAGAUAUUCGGGUCGAAUCACGGCUCUGAAAACCCGGCUCCGAUGAACGGAUUCGCUCAGCAAGCGGUGAGCAUGGGCGAAGGCAUGCCGAGGACCGUGAUGAGCGGGUUCAAACCGGGUCGCGUACCGGUUUACACCGAGUUGGCGAACGAGUUCGCGGUGUUUGACCGGUGGUUCGCGUCGGUCCCGGCGUCGACUCAGCCGAACCGGUUCUACGUCCACUCGGCGACCUCCCACGGCGCGACAAGCAACGUCCGCAAGGACCUCAUCCAUGGCUUCCCCCAGAAGACUAUAUUCGACUCCCUUGAUGAAAAUGGCCUCGACUUCGGAAUUUAUUACCAGAAUAUCCCCGCGACUCUGUUCUUCAAGAGCCUGAGGAAGCUGAAGCACGCGAUCAAGUUCCACAACUACGCUCUGAAAUUCAAGCUCCACGCGAGGCUCGGGAAGCUCCCGAACUACGUCGUUUUGGAGCAGCGGUACUUCGACGUUGACUUGUUCCCGGCCAACGACGACCACCCCUCGCAUGACGUGGCGCUCGGGCAGAGGUUCGUGAAGGAUGUCUACGAGAUCCUGAGGGCUAGUCCGCAGUGGAAAGAAAUGGCGCUUUUGAUCACCUACGACGAGCACGGUGGGUUUUACGACCACGUCCCGACGCCAGUCUCAGGCGUGCCCAGCCCCGACGGGAUUGUUGGACCCGACCCGUUUUACUUCCGGUUCGACCGGUUGGGUGUUCGCGUCCCGACGAUUCUCGUCUCGCCUUGGGUCGACAAGGGUACUGUGAUUCAUGAGCCGGUUGGGCCAACACCACAUUCACAGUUUGAACAUUCUUCAAUUCCUGCAACUGUAAAAAAGCUAUUCAACCUGAAAUCAAACUUCUUGACAAAGAGGGAUGCAUGGGCUGGUACUUUUGAAAACUACUUUAAGCUCCGCGACAGUCCACGCGAUGAUUGUCCAGAAACUCUUCCUGAGGUGAAGCUAUCACUGAGGCCCUGGGGACCCAAAGAAGACGCAAGACUCUCGGAGUUCCAAGUCGAGCUAAUCCAGUUGGCAUCGCAGCUCAAUGGUGAUUACAUGCUCAAUACGUACCCCAACAUCGGGAAAACCAUGACAGUGGGUGAAGCCAACAAGUACGCAGAGGAUGCAGUCAAGAGGUUCCUGGAGGCUGGAAGGGCUGCUCUUAAAGCCGGAGCUAAUGAUACGGCAAUAGUUACCAUGAGACCUUCGCUGACUAGUCGAAUUAGCACUGGAGGUACCAGAAACUACUUGGAGACCUAUUGACUGUAAAUACCAUUUAUCUAGCCUAUGUAAAAUUGUUAAUGAUUAAUUGGGCUUUAAGCCGUGAUUAUAGUUAUGGAACAUGUUUGUGCAAAGUUGUUCCCAUGUCAUAGCCAAGUUCUGUAAACUGGAUUCUAUAUUUAAAGAAAUGUAUUUUAUUUACUAUAAAA